AUGGAGUCGUUGCGUACACAUCAAGUCAUGUUGAAUAGAACUAUUGAAGCUGUCGAGAAAAACAAACUUGAAAUAAGUUCUUUAAAACACAAGUUAUGUUUAAAUGCUGAAAAUAAUGUAAACAUUGAAGUUAAAAAACGACAAGAAAAAACAAACAACGUGCAAACAAGUCAAACUUGCUGGUCCGAAGUAACCAAGAGUCCUACUGAGAGCACGGAGCAGCCAUUCACCCUGGUAAAACACGGCAAAAAACAACGGUCAAUGAACAGUAAUUUAGAAGUAAAAAACACUGUUGACGACGUCACCCUCAGCCAAGCAAACAUCAAAGUCAGUCAGGCGACAAAAAGGACAGCUACAAAAAUUAUUGGAAAAAAAGUACUCGAAAAUUGCAAGCUGAAAGCUGAUAAAGAUCUCACAAAAAAAUCCGUUUUUUGCAUCAGUAAUGUACAACGAUGUCGCAGAAGUGAUGUUAUGGAAUAUCUAAGCGCAAAUGGGAUUAACGUGAUCACAUGCUAUCCAGUUAUAAAGAAAACUGAGGAAAAAAUCUCAGCAAAAACCAACAGCAACAACAGCAGUGAUGAACAGAAUGAACUCAAAAACAGAAAUGAAGAAGAAUCAACCGUUUUUAGAGUUUGCAUCGACAGAGAAGAUGUAAAAAAGAUAAAAGACCCCGAAAUAAUGCCUCAGCGCGUCAUCGUACGAGAGUGGCGAUUUGACAAAAAAACUGAACAGACGGUACAACAAAAAAUUAAUGAUGGAUAA